GGAAGUUCCGGCGAAGACUCAUUUCCGCUUCCUUUUUCGGCCAUCACGAUUACAAGAUCUGCUCAUAAUGGCAGAGGCCAACCAAACUGCUAACCCACAGAAGAAGUCUGGGAGGCUUUACUCCAAAGCUGUGUUCACUGGCUUCAAGCGAGGUUUAAGAAAUCAGCAUGAAAACACAGCUCUUCUGAAGAUUGAAGGUGUGACUAACCUCAAGGAUACCAGGUUUUACCUUGGAAAGAGAUGUGCAUAUGUGUACAAGGCAAAGAGGAAGACUGCAUGUCCCGGUCAUGAAAAUGCUAGCCGUAUCCGUGUUGUCUGGGGGAAGGUCACACGACCACACGGUAACAGCGGAUCUGUAAGAGCCAAGUUCAGGAAGAAUUUGCCAGCCACUGCCAUGGGUCGCAGGAUCAGAAUUAUGCUGUACCCAUCCAGUGUUUAAUUCUCUGCCAUGUAUGUACAUUAAAAAAAAUAAAAAUCUAAAA